ACGAGAGCAGAGUCAGAGGGGCUGAGCUUAAAGGCUGCAUGAGGGAUACCAAUGGGCUAUAUAAGUGACAGUGACACAGGGCUCCCUCCCAGACCUGCCUGCAGCAGGAGAGCAGCUCUCAUACACACAUAUACACUAUACAACUGGCUGGGGAAUUACACAAGGAGAGCACCAGGGAUGGAGAAGAGACAGCAGGGGGCACUUGCAUGUUCCUCAGGUGCAGCCUGUGAGCUUCAGGGCUACAGGGAGCUGAGCUUGUGACUGUCAUGUGCAAAGGAGAGGUCCAGUGGAGCUAAUUCAUUUGGCAGAAGAGUCGGGGGACAAAAGGAGGAGGUGCGCCAGAUUCUGAAAAUGUCAUCAGCUAUAGAGAGAAAGAGCCUGGACCCAGCAGAUGAGCCAGUGGAUGAAGUUCUGCAGAUCCCCCCCUCACUGCUGACAUGUGGGGGCUGCCAGCAAAGCAUCGGGGAUCGCUAUUUCUUGAAGGCCAUUGAUCAAUACUGGCAUGAAGACUGCCUGAGCUGUGACCUGUGUGGGUGCAGGCUGGGCGAGGUUGGGAGGAGACUUUACUACAAGUUGGGGCGCAAACUGUGCCGAAGGGACUACCUCAGGCUGUUCGGCCAGGACGGACUGUGUGCCUCUUGCGAUAAGCGGAUCCGAGCCUACGAGAUGACCAUGAGGGUGAAGGACAAAGUGUACCACCUGGAGUGCUUCAAGUGUGCCGCCUGCCAGAAGCACUUUUGUGUGGGUGACCGCUAUCUGCUCAUUAACUCGGACAUUGUGUGCGAACAGGACAUCUACGAAUGGACCAAGCUCAAUGAGAUGAUGUAGCAAUGUCAGAACUUCAUGGAGUGCCCAACAAUGGACAUCAGCCACACGUUCACUGACCACACUGUAACUGACAACAAAGCAACAACUGACAAACCGCAAUCUUUCCACUGGAACAACAGUUUCCCCCUGUAAAAAGACUGCGGUCUGGUCUAUUAGCACUAUAUGGUCUUAUGCACUGAAUUAACACUCACAUGUACAAGGUAAAUCCAGAAGGUCGUUCUGGUGAUUCGACUGUCAUUAUUGGUGCUCUUGUCUUUACUGAAGUCACACGUGGAUUAUUGUGACAUAACAGUGGUAAAACUUUAAAAGAGUAAGAUCCCGUAACAACCCUUUAAGUGAUGAAUGUAAAGACAGUGGUUUCGGGGGUUUUCAGUAGAAAGGGACACCUCAAUGGUACAGCCUGGACACCACCCAAUCCUAUGAACAUCACUAUAUAAACUCAUUUAUAACACUCGUCCUGGAAAAUCUAUUGCAAAAUGUAAAGUUAUCAGGGAAGUGUUGUUUUUUUUGAACAGUAUAUUAAGUAACUGGCAAUAAGAGUCAAUCUUGCCCUGGUCGACUAUUGGACUUGACUUGGCACUGAGUGGGACUAUUGGUUUGGGAAAGGGUCAAAUGAAUAAAGAUUAUUAUUUGUGAUUA